AUGUUGGAGAGCAUUGCGAGUCUCGUUGCCAUGGAUGGGUCAAUCAGACGACAGGUGAAUGCCAUUGUUCGGGCCGCUUGUUUGGAAAAGCUUGCGAUCUGGUCUGCGUCGAAGAUCCCAUCGAAACGACGCGGGGCCGUUAACUCUCGUCUCACACUCAGUGGUCUCUCGUUUUGUAUGAUAACCAUAGGAUUGCUUUGCGUCACGGCAAGACGACGUCGUGCCGGUCCUUUGCCUUCCUCAGAAGACACCUGGUAUCGAGUGUUCCAGCCAGCGCAGACGAGAGCGGCCAGAUGUCGACACGAUUUAAUGUGCGGCGGGUCCUGGAUCCCACGUGACAGAGCGCUGCUGGUGGCCCCAGGUCGAGCUGCUUUGCUUCAUAGCAACAGUCGGAACUCAACUCGAGGGCGACGGAUGGCCACGCCUCCACCAAGCUACACGUCAGUGGACAGUUUAGCAGAAGACCAAUCACCGCCCACAUACGAAGAAGCUACACGAAUUAUGGAAAACUCUACGAAUAGUGCGGCUCUGAUCCAAGAGCUGAUCGACGAAACCGUGCAGACGGUUGAAGCCAAAGACGAGUCAUUACAGGUAGCCGAGGGCAGUACCAACGCUACUACCCAGACAACAAAUCAAGACGAAGAGGGUGCUAACACAGCGAGCUCAUUCUGA